AGCAAAUCCAUCUCGCAACGCUUCGGCUUUCAAGUUGUGGGCGAUCUACGCCUCGACAAGCCCAAUUUGACCCUUUGGCUAGUCUGGAAACUGCAUGGUACUAGCCCUGGUCCAUGCUGAUCUCGUCAACAGUAUCCCACCGUUGCUCUUGUGGGUGGAACAGUACCUGAAAGUAGACAAUCCUGGUGCGUCAAUGGUCGUACUGUAUUGUAUGCAUGUAAAGCACCUCCGUACCCUCCAAGUUCCUACCGACAUACUCGUGGACAUACCCAUCAAGACACAAAGACCCGCAAAACGCAGGAUGCCGAACCACAUGGCGUUCGCUUGACACAUGGCCUUUGCUUCCUCUUCCUGCACUCUCCCAUAUCUUUCGAACCUCCUUGCUCCAACUUCGCUGCAGCCCUGCUGACCUUUCACUUCAGUUCCAACAAGCAGGCGCUUUCUCUUUAGAGAUCUUGCAGACAUUCUCUCUUGUUUGGGUACUUCUUCAUCCACUCCUCAACGUCGAACUGUUCACCACCAGCCAUGGCUGAGGUUAAGGACAAUGGGGCUGUCAUGUCCCAGAUCGACCUGGAAGGGUCCAACGCGAACCUUUCCGCCGAAAAGAAGGGAACCGUUGAUGACCAGCGCGACAUGUUCCGUCUGGGAAAGGCUCAAGAGUUGCGGCGAAACUUUCGAUUCGUUUCGAUUUUUGGCUUCUCCAUGAUUUUGAUGGCUAGUUGGGAAACCAUGCUUGGAACCUCGAUCAUCGGCCUGAUCAACGGCGGUACCGCUGGUCUGAUAUGGAUGUACCUCGUUGCGUGGAUCGGCUUUUUGGCCGUGAAUACAUCCAUGGCAGAGAUGGGCUCCAUGGCACCUACUGCUGGUGGGCAGUACCAUUGGGUUUCAGAGUUUGCACCUCGCAAGUACCAAAAGUUUUUGAGUUUUAUUGUUGGUUGGUUUUGCGUUCUUGGAUGGCAGACCGGUGCUGCCAACACUGCAUUCUUGGCCGGAACUCAGAUUCAGGGUCUGGCGAUUCUCAAUUACCCUGAUUAUACACCUGAGAGAUGGCACGGAACCCUCCUCACGUUUGCGGUGGCCUCGUUCUCCGUCUUCUUCAACACCUUCCUGGUCAAGAAACUGCCACUUGUCGAAGGCAUUGUGCUGAUCGUGCACAUCUUUGGAUUCUUUGGCGUCCUCAUCACCCUGUGGGUUCUUGGACCUAAAGGCAAUGCUUCGGAAGUCUUCACCACCUUCAAUAACUACGGAGGUUGGAGUAGCGAUGGCCUGUCCGCUGUGGUCGGUGUCCUCGCAGUCAUGAUCCCCCUUCUGGGUGCAGAUGGUGCUGUCCACAUGUCGGAAGAAUUGCGAGAUGCUUCCAAAAUCCUCCCUCGCAGCAUGAUCUGGACUACCAUCCUCAACGGUAUGUCCGGCUGGGUCAUGGUCAUCACCUUCUGCUUCACACUGGGCAAUCUCGACGAUGUCAUUGAUACCCCUACCGGUCAGCCAUACAUCUUUGUCUUUUACCAAGCCACCGAGUCGUACGCCGGGGCUUCUGUUCUAUCGGCAUUGGUCAUUUUCAUGGCCAUGUUCUGCAAUCUGUCCAUUACCGCCACCGCUUCACGUCAAUUGUGGUCCUUUGCGCGUGAUCAGGGUGUGCCAGGGGCGUCUUGGUUUGCAUAUGUUCGACCGGGUUGGGAUGUUCCCAUGAACAGUAUCGUCGUCUCAUUCGUGGUCUCGUGCCUGCUCGCCCUCAUCAACAUCGGAUCCACCAUUGCGCUGAACAACAUUACCUCUCUAUCAUUGGUGGCCAUUCUGUCCAGCUACAUUGCGUCAAUUGGAUGUCUCUUCUGGAAGCGCAUCACUGGCCAGCCCCUUCUCCCAGCCAAAUUCAGGCUAUCCAAUGGUGUCGGUCUCUUCUUGAACGGAUUCAGUCUUCUUUUCCUCACAUUCGCCUUUAUCUUCGCCUUCUUCCCUGGAAAUCCAGAUCCAACGGUCGAGCAAAUGAACUGGGCAUGUCUCAUUUACGGCGCGGUCCUGAUCUUCGCCGGAGUUGAUUACUUUGUCCGAGCGCGUCACGUGUACGAUGGUCCGGUCGAAUAUAUCCGGAAGCUGAUCUGAGUUCGGCCGGAAAUAUGCGACAAGAAUAGGUGCAUAUUUGAUAUAUCACCCUGUUGUGAAUCCACAUGCACAUAGGUAUGGGUCCUCGGCAUACCCACAAAGGAACUGCCGUGACUGCUCAACAUCAUCUCUGGGGGGCCUGGCAGGAUUGUGUGGUACUGUACUAUGUAUCUAGGCAGUCAGCUUCUUGAGUAAUCUUCCGUUACGGACCCUCCGUACGGAGUAUUUGGCACAGAUGAUGACUUAUCAGAAUCCUAGGGGGAAUCUCGUGUUAUGUCCGCCACCAUCGUGUUCCCGACUUUUUGGGGCGUGAUAGCCCUUCCAAUAGGCUAGUUGCAGUUUCCUGAUCAAGAUAAAAAGGGCCACCCUGUAUCAAUUGGCCCCAAAUCUGCGUGACAAAUGUUUGUAUAUGACCCCGCAGUUUUGUGUCCACCUCUUUUUUCAGCUCAA